GUAUAAUGGAACUUAUCUCAUUCGUUGUAACUGGACUACCAAUUGUAUCACUGGCUGGAAAAUACUACUUGUCAAAACAACAUAACAAAACUUAUGUAUUGUACACGUAUGCGAUACGCUAGAUUCCACAUAUGAAAAUAAUAUUUAAAAUUUAAAUGAAUUAUUUAAUAAUUAAUAUUUUAUAGCAAUAAUUUUUGGUUUAAUAUAAAAGAGAUUGAGAAGUUUCCAUAAUAUAAAACUAUAUUAAUCAGCCGCCCUAAUCCUCCACCCCCAAAGUCUUUCUUAUGAUCUUAUCUCUGUAUUGCCUCUCUAGUAAAUGGAACAAGAAAAAGUAGCUCUAAUACCGAUCUCCUUUCCAUUCCAUGCUCUCCUCUUCUAUCUCCGUUCCCAUUCUUGGAAAGCCAGACAAUCGUAGAACACCAAAUCAACUAUCCUUUCUUCCCUCGACCUCGAUUUGCCGGUCCGGGCUCAGAAGCUUCAACGAGGAUGACAAGAUCAACGGCGUCCGGGCGACGUGACGAACGAGACAGAAGUGGGAUCGCUCCCUCCCUCUCUCGAUCGGAUUCCGAUCUCCGAUCGCCUUUCUUGUUUCUGAUUUAUGAUAGACUGGAGAGAAAACAGAUCGCGAUGGCCAAAACGAUGGCGAACGGUGAUGAGAAAACGAGCAGAAGAUCGAGGAAUUUUUUUCGUUGUGGGAGUAAUUAGUGGCGAGCUCAACAGAGAAGAAGAUUCCCUGUUUCUGGUUUGGGUUGUGUUUGGGGAAGAAGAAGAUAGCAAGGAGAGAGGAGAGAGAGGAGAGGGCUGGCAAAUAAAAAAAGGAAAAGUAAAAGAAUUAAUUGUCCUAGCAAAUAAAAGAAAAAGGAAGAGAAGGUUAAUUGUGCACUUUCUCUCCGAUUUGGGGGAGAGGGUUCAACAGUGGCAUUUUCCUUUCUUUUCCCUCUCCUUGUUACUAUGCUUGCUUUCGGAAACGGGGGAAAGUUUAUUGAAACUCCCACUUUCCGCCCUAAACUUUCCUUUCCCCCCUUUUCCGCUCUAAAUGAACAUAGUGUUUCUCU